AUGAAGGCGAGAUUCCACAUUCUCCUCCUUUCUUGGAUUUUCACCCUCGUCGUAGCCGAACGUGUUUCGUACGGUGGGUACAAAGCCUUUCGCGUCACAGCUGCCAAGAAUAUCGAGCAAAUCAGAGAUCAGCUAUCGUCCUUCGGCUCUGUCUCUCUAGGGUGCGAGAAAGGCCAUUCUAACCACCUAGAUAUUGCUAUCCCUCCUCAAAGUAUCUCCGAUUUUGAGGCCCUGGGCCUUCAGGUGACAGUAAUCAGUGACGAUCUGGGCGCUGACUUUGCCAUUGAAGGCGCCUUUGAGCCUUAUAUCAGCAAGAAUCGUGCGUCAUUCAAGUCGGGAGAACUCAUGGCUCCCCUGCCUGACCUGUCAUGGUUCAACACCUACCACAACUAUACGCAUCACCGUGGAUUCUUCGAGGACCUCCAUGCUGCAAUCCCUACCAACUCGGAAAUAUUCGUCACCGGCAAAUCGUACCAGGGCCGAGAUAUCUACGGUAUUCACUUCUGGGGCAAAGGUGGCAAGGGGAUGAAGCCCGCCAUCUACUUCCACGCCACAGUCCAUGCGCGCGAGUGGAUUGCAGCUCCCGUCCAAGAAUACCUUGCAUGGCAGCUUAUUAGUGGUUAUCUGAGUGACUAUGACAUUAGGGAAAUUGUCGACAAAUACGACUUCUACAUGAUUCCUUUUGUCAACCCCGACGGGUUUGUCUACACCCAGUCCAAAGAUCGUCUGUGGAGGAAGAACCGUCAGCCUCGCAAGGGAACCUCUUGUGUGGGAACAGACGGAAACCGGAACUGGCCUUACAAGUGGGAAGUUGAGGGCGGUGCCUCCACCGAGCCAUGCUCAGAGAUCUACAAGGGCAAAGCACCAGGAGAUACGCCUGAGAUCAAAGCCAUCGUCGAUUUCACCAAGAACCUAACCCAGUCAAACGACAUCAAGCUUUUUGUCGAUUUCCACAGUUAUGGUCAGUAUAUCCUCCUGCCGUACGGCUACGAUUGUGAUGCUGUGGCCGGGAACAACAAGACACAGAUGAAGCUGGCUGGCGAGAUGGCGCACCGUAUCUUCAAGGUCAACGGCACACAGUACACCUACGGCCCAAGUUGCUCCACGCUGUAUCCGAGCACCGGUACCUCGCCUGAUUACAUGGCGGGCAAGGCCGGUGCAGAGUUUACAUGGACGAUCGAGCUUCGACCAGGUUGGAAUGGGGCCAGUGGAUUUGUUCUGCCUCCGCAGGAAAUCCAGUCCACUGCCCAGGAAGUGUGGGAAGGGAUCAAGUACGUCUUGGAAACGAUGUGA